AUGCUAAAAACUAAAAUUAGCACAACUAGGUCACGUUUAAUUUUUUUUUUAAUUUUUAUUUUUCGCAUAGCUUAUGUUAGAUCUACAGUAAACAAACACUAUCAUAGCUAAAGGUUACUGUAGUUAUAUUCCUUCCAAUUCUUUGAAUUUUUCAGACAAAGACCACAAGUAUCAAAUAUUCGACAAAAAGUAGGAAAGAAAGUCAAACCAUCUCCACCAACACAAAACCAGAAAAAAACGAAAGAAGUCAAACCUCCAGCUCCAGUUACAAAAAAAGAGCAGCCAAAACCAUCGACUGAAAAUGCUAAGAAAAGAUCAACUCGAAAUCGUGUUUCUGCAGUUCCUUUACCAAUUCCAUCACAAACAACAACAACAUCAAAUCCAAAAUCGAAAGAAGACGCGACACAAAUGGAACAAGAUCCAGCAAAUCAGAAAGCGAAAAAGAAAAGUAAACGAAAAACAGUUUCGCAUGAACAAAAUGUGAAAACAUAUUUUCGAAAUAUUGGGUUAUCGAAAAAGGAACCGAAAGUAUUUGAACCUGGACAAGAUAAAAUGCCGGCCAAAUUGAAGGAAUUAAAAUUGAAUAAAGAAGAAAGAACACAUGCGAGAACAAGAAAACAUAUCAAAGAUAAUCUCGUAAGACUUUUGAAGACUAUAAUAUCAUUUUUAGAAAAAAAUAUUUCAGAAAACAGCUUGUGAAGAUGAAUUCGAAGAUGGCCCAAAUUUCGAUAACAAUGGACAAUUAUUUGAUGGAAAUCGAAAUCCAUUUUGGACCGUCGUUCUUUUUGAUCAAAAUGAAGCCGAAAAAGAGGGAAUUGAGGUUGAAGGUCGAAUUACAUCGGAGCAUGUUAUCAAAUAUUUGGAAGGCACUUUGGCACCAAUUAAACCAAAUAAUAAGAAGUGAGAAAAAUGGGGAGAUUUUGAGGGAAUAUUUGUUCAUUUUUUUUAGAUUAUUGUUUGAUGUUACGAAAUCUGUUGAUGAGAUGAGAUCAAUUGAUGAUGCAUUUUUUAACGACGAUGCGAUUAUGUACAAUACUCUUCAGAAUAUUAUUAAUCACAGUGAACGUAGGUUACAGGUUUUGAAAAAGGCGGGGAUGAGGGAAAAGUUUCAAAUCAGUAAGGAUUUUGAUGAUACAAUUCAAAAUUUCACAGUUGACAUGCGAAAAAUCAGAUUUUUCAUCAAAAUUCAUUUGAAAACUUGAUUUUGAAGAAUAAAAAACGCACUCAUUCAAAUUAAGCCCCGCCCCUUUUGCACACAAAAAAUAGCAGCACGCACAACCCGUUAACCGUCGCUCACACCAGAAAUUUAUAUAUUCGCGCUCUCUGUGUGUUUAUCGCUUUCGGGCGGUGGCGAAGCUAUCGCCAAAUUUUUUCUGAAUUGGAAAUAUUUUGAAAAUUAUCGAGUUGUCAAAACAUUAUGAAAAUUCUAGGAUAUUUGAACUAGACCCGAAAAAGACACAAUUUUAAGAUUUCUGAAUUGGACCACUUCAACUAACAUAAGUUGUCAUAUUUCUCGAGUUAGAGCAUGAGAUUUUACAAUCUAAUUCAAAAUCUCCAAUAAUAUUUCUAGGCGCUGUUCAACGAUGCACUGGUUCUGAAGAAGGAAAUCGUCGAAAUCGAUAUGGCUCCAAAUCGAAAUCCAAAUCCAAAUCUUCGGAUUCGAUUAAAAGUCAGCCACCCUUCCCCAUUUUACAAAUUUUCUGAUCCAUAUAUUUUUCAGAAACUUUAUCUGUGGAAGAAACUGUUCAUCCAACAACAAUUUUGUUUUUCUUGGAUAAAGUCGAAAAAGUUGUUUAUGAGGUAAAAUUGAAACUUUUAUCUAAACAUAAAUAUAAUCAUAAUUUUUCAGCGCGAAAAUGCGUUUGAAUCCAUUCAAAAGUAUAUAAAACAAAAGGAAAAUCUACGACAGUGGGAAAACAUUUCUGUUUUUUUGUGA